UUAUGCACUGUGUAGGGUUGGUCCUGUCCACAGUGCACCUAUGUCAACUUACCACUGCGGCCUGGCUGUGCCAUGUGUGCCGCUGACCGCCCUGCUGACUACAGGGAACCAGACAACUAUGUACCAACAGAUGAGGAGCUGCAGAUGAUGGCUCAACAACAAGAACUGGAUAGGCAAGCUUUGGAGUAUCAAGAAAGAAGACGGCGUCAAGAAGGGCAGCAAAGAUUAGAGAACUACCAGCAGUUGUUACAUGCAGCAGACCAGUCUCUGGUGGUGAACACAGAGGACUUCACCUGUCCUAUCUGCUUUGAUGACAUAGCACCAGGUGAUGGGGUGGUACUCAGGGACUGUCUGCAUAUGUUCUGCAAGAGCUGUUUGCAGGCUGCAGUUACUUACAGUGAGGAGGCUGCUGUGAAGUGCCCAUAUCAGGAUGACAACUACACAUGUCCUUCCUUUCUGCAAGAUAUGGAAAUAAAGGCACUUGUUUCCAAUGAGGUCUUCCAGAAAUACCUGCAGCUGAGUCUGUCCCAGGCUGAGUCCCAGGCUGCCAAUAGUUACCACUGUAAGACAGCAGACUGCAGGGGCUGGUGUAUAUAUGAGGAUGAGGUAAAUUUCUUUGACUGUCCAGUUUGUGGCAAGAAGAACUGCCUGACAUGUAAGGCAAUCCAUGAAGGCAUCAACUGUAAGCAGUACCAGGAAGACCUGCAGAUCAGAGCAGGAAAUGACAAGGCUGCCAAGCAGACCAAUGACAUGUUAGAGAAACUGAUCAGAGAUGGAGAUGCCAUGCGAUGUCCACAUUGUAGGGUCAUAGUGCAGAAAAAGGAUGGAUGUGAUUGGAUAAAAUGCAGUUUUUGUAAAACAGAAAUUUGCUGGGUCACAAGAGGACCCAGAUGGGGACCUGCAGGCCCGGGUGACAUCAGUGGAGGUUGCAUGUGUCGUGUGAAUGCACAGAGGUGUCAUGACAACUGUCAAAACUGUCACUAGAUGGCAGCAACUUCCACAUAAACUGGUGAUAUG